AUGAGUCCGCCCUCAGCAGCGCCGUCUGUUUGGGCUUCUGGAGAUGCACGCAGUAACCUCGCCGUCCAACCUGCAGCCAAUCUGGGAAGUAUCAAGCUCAAGAAGAAGGCCGUCAAGAUGGUCGGCGCUGCGGGACCCGUAUCUGGCACCACCUCGCGACCCGCAGCUCUUACCCUGCCAAUGGCAUCCUCAUCUAAUGCAGGUCCAGCCAAAGUCGAGCUGAAGGUUUCCGACGGGCCCACUGUCGCACCAAAGUCAUCCUCAGUUGAAAAGAGUAUCGUCGCGUCCUCCGCAGCUACCCCUACAGAGACGGCCGCGCCACAGAAGGAAGAUCCGAAUCCCACAAGCGAUGCCUUCGAAGAGUCUGCCAUGGAUGCACUCUAUGCUCGCCUAAACAGCAAGACUGUCCUGACCCCCCGCAAUCCCAUCGGCAGUACCUCAGUAAGGCCUGAGCAAGCCAAGUUCUCGUUUGGUGAUCGUCUUGCAGAAUCAAAGGCAGACAACACCAAGAUCGAUAAAGCAGAAGCCGAGAAGGCGGAACACAAGGGGAUCGAUGGCAUCAAGGUUGCGGACGUGUCACAAGAAGAAUUGGAGAAUGCGUACAUGCGUAAAGCUAGCGACUACAUUCAGGCUAUACCAGACGUCAAUGGAAACACGGCAAGUCUCAUUAAGGCCAUGUCGAGGAAGUUGCGUGGCUCGUAUAUGCCAGAGGUCAAAACCGACGUCGAAAAGAACGAGAUCAUCAAGGCACGUCUAGCCUUCGCUGUUGCCAACUACAUCAACAAGGUAUUGAAGAAGCGCCCAGAGCAACCUCGUACACCCGAAUCUAUCAAACAGACGCUCAAGGAUGCGAAUGGUGAUUUCCUCAGACUUUGUGCCAAGCUUGUCGAAGAAGGUCACUUAUCUCUAGAGACACUCGCUGAAGUAUCGGGUAUUGUUGCGGCCAUGCACAACAUCCUUCCCAAGCCCGAACUACCCGCCACCGCGAGCGUUAUCGCCCCGACCAAGGCAGCACCUCCUGUUGCGUCGAGUACUGAAAACACCAAGCCUGUUUCUAAGGAUCCGGCAGACGGCAUGAAAGGAUGGCCGACCCAGGAGAAGCGGGAGAAUCGUAUCACCAGCAUCAACCAAUUGCAAGCCCUUGUGUGGGGUGGCAAACUCGAGUCUAUCUCCUUGCCAGAACCGGGUUCUUCCAAUGCCCUCGUCAAGUUCCUCACACCUGAAGCAUGCGAGAAGUAUCACAAGGCGACUGCGAAUGGCAUCGAAAUCGUCGGCGACAUCAAGAAGGCGGUUGUGUUCGUGGAGAAGGCCGAGGGUCCGAACUCCAUCAACGAUGUCAUCCGUAACUGCAUUGACGGCGACGCAUCACGCUGUGUGCGAGCUAUUGGUGCAGACGAAGAUAGCGAUGCAGUACUCAUGAAGCUGGCUCGAGGUAAAGGCGUUAACAAGCGCGAUGUCGACCGCAUCAAGAGCGGAAAGACUGCACGUGGUCAUUCGUAUGUGGAGUUCCGCUUCUCAAACAUCUACCACGCCCUCAAUUUCAAGCGCGAGCUCAUGGACAACGACGACUGGGAGCACUGCAGCAUUGGUUAUGCACCUGAUCCGUGUGAGUUGGCCAAUGGUGCUCACUACAAGGAUAAGGACGAGGAAUAG